AUGGACGGAGCUCGUCGCUGGGUGUAUUGUGCCCCGUGUGGGAAUCGGGGCAGCAGGGGGCAGCAGGGGGCAGCAGGGAGACCCGGGAGGCGAAGGCGGCCUGGCACGACCACGGCCCUGGGGCUGGGCAGGCGCGGCCGGGGCACCAGCAGCGUGGGCAGCCUGGAAAACGACGAGGGCUUUGAGAAGGAGAACUCAGGUGCAUGUGCUGGGGCAGCAUGUGGGGUCUGCGAAGGAAGCCAAGGGGGCAUUGCAGAAGUGGGGUGGCUGAUGGGGAACCCCUCCAACCCAUUCCACAGACCCAGCAUGGGAUUCUCGUGGCGUGUCUGCGCCCCAUCCGAAGCCCCGCUCUCGCUAGUUUCAGAGUUCACCUGGGAGGUGAAGGCCAACGAUAGGACCUACAACAACCAGUUCAAGGAGAAGAUCUUCCUGUGUUGGCAGAGGCAGAAGUACAAGGGCAAUAUCAUCUGCACAGCCAAAUACAACUUCUUCUCCUUCCUGCCCUUGAACCUGUAUGAGCAGUUCCGCCGAAUGUCCAACCUCUACUUCCUUCUUAUCAUCAUUCUCCAGGGCAUCUUCCCUGACAUCUCCACAAUGCCCUGGUUCACCCUCCUCGCCCCGCUCGUCUGCCUCCUCGUCAUCCGCGCCAUCCGAGACCUGGUGGACGACAUUGGACGACAUAGGAGUGACAGGAUCGUCAACAACAGGCCCUGCCAAGUGCUGGUCGGGGAGAGAUUUCUGUGUAAAAAAUGGAAGGACCUGUGUGUGGGGGACCUGGUCCGUCUGCAUGGCGACAACAUUGUCCCGGCCGAUGUGCUAUUGCUGGCCAGCACGGAGCCCAGCAGCUUGUGCUACGUGGAGACGGCCGACAUUGAUGGGGAGACAAACUUGAAGUACAGGCAGGCCCCAGUGGUCACACAUCACGAGCUGACCAGUGUGAGGAACAUGGCUUCCUUCCAAGGCAAGGUGGUGUGCGAGGCACCCAACAGUCGGAUGCAUUACUUUAUGGGGUGCCUGGAGUGGGAGGGCAAGAAAUACCCCCUGGACACUGGCAACAUCCUCCUACGUGGCUGCAAGAUCCGAAACACAGACACCUGCUACGGAAUGGUCAUCUAUGCUGAUGGAUGGGUGGCUGGGCCGGUAGGUUUUGACACAAAGAUCAUGAGGAACUGCGGCAAGAUCCAUCUGAAGAGAACCAAGAUCGACCACCUGAUGAACAGGCUAGUGAUCCUGAUCUUCAUGUUCGUGGUGCUGAUCUCUUUGGCAUUGACCUUGGGCUUCUGGAGCAAUGUGAUGAAAUUCAGGGUCAAGCACCACUAUGUUCCUCAAAAGCACACGUACAGUGUGACCAGCAAGACUUUCCUCAUGUUCUUGGGCUUCCUCGUCUUGCUCAGCGUCAUGAUGCCCAUGGCUAUGUUCAUCAUAGCCGAAUUCAUCUAUCUGGGGAACAGCAUCUUCAUUGACUGGGACAUGGAGAUGUACUACGAGCCCCAGGACAUGCCUGCCAAAGCCCGCAGCACCAGCCUCAAUGUCCAGCUAGGCCAGGUGGAGUACAUCUUCUCAGACAAGACGGGCACGCUCACACAGAACAUCAUGACCUUCAAGAUGUGCUGCAUCGAUGGCAUUGUCUAUGGCCCCGAUGAGGAGGAGGCCCUAUUUAAGGAGAACCCCUACCUUUGGAACGAAUUUGCCGAUGGGAAGCUGCUCUUCCAAAACAUGAAGCUCCUGAGUGUUGUACGUGACAACAAGGACAGGAUGGUGCAGGAGUUCUGGCGCCUGCUGGCCAUCUGCCACACAGUAAUGGUGGAGGAGAAAGACGGUGAGUGCUUCACUGGCUGCCCAGACCAGCUGUUGUACCAGGCAGCUUCCCCUGAUGAGGAGGCGCUGGUUACAGCGGCCCGGAACUUCGGCUACGUGUUCCUGGCACGCACGCGGGACAGCAUCACGCUAAUGGAGCUGGGGGAGGAGCGGGUGUACCAGGUCCUGGCCAUGAUGGACUUCAACAGCAUCCGAAAGCGGAUGUCUGUGCUGGUCCGAAACCCGGAGGGCUCCAUCUACCUCUACACCAAAGGCGCAGACACUGUCCUCUUCGAACGCUUGCGUAAGCAAGUCUUGUAUAAGAAAGAGCAGACCGUGAAAGUGGCCACGGAAGAGGCUUUAACCUCCUUUGCCGAGCAGACCCUGCGCACGCUGUGCCUGGCCUACAAAAAGGUGGAUGAGGACAUGUACCAGGAGUGGCGCCAGCGGCACCGGGAGGCCAGCAUCCUUCUUCAGAACCGGGCCCAGGCCCUGCACCAGGUGUACGAGGAGAUGGAGCAGAACCUCCAGCUGCUGGGAGUCACAGCCAUUGAAGACAAGCUCCAGAACGGUGUCCUUGAAACCAUCCAGUGUCUCAAGCAAGGGAACAUGAAAGUGUGGGUACUCACAGGGGACAAGCAAGAGACAGCGGUGAAUAUUGGCUUUGCCUGCCAACUGCUUUCCCAGGACAUGCGCAUUCUGGAAGAGGAAGAAAUAGUUCAGACCCUGGAAGCCUACAGGGAGAACAGCAGCAACCUGCCGCAAGUCAAGAUGGCCGCCAUGGUCGUUACUGGAGAGUUCCUGGUCAGUGUCCGCUCUGGCCUGACCGUGGGGCCCCUGGACCAGCUGAUGAAGAGCGCAGCACGAUUGAUGCUGAAGAGUAAGAACUCCAACCCCGUCGGGAGCCCCGAGGUGUGGCAGGAACGGGCCUUUGUGGAACUGGCCUCAAAGUGCCAAGCGGUCAUCUGCUGCCGGGUGACGCCCAAGCAGAAGGCCUUGAUUGUGAAGCUGGUCAAGAAAUACCAGAACGUAGUGACCCUGGCCAUCGGGGAUGGUGCCAACGACGUCAACAUGAUUAAGACUGCGGACAUUGGCGUAGGACUGGCGGGCCAGGAGGGCAUGCAGGCGGUGCAGAGCAGCGACUACAUGCUGGCCCAGUUCUGUUUCCUGAGGAGGCUGCUGCUCGUGCACGGACGCUGGUCCUACAUGCGAGUCUGCAAGUUCCUGCGCUACUUCAUCUACAAGACGCUGGCCAUCAUGAUGGUUCAGAUCUGGUUUGCUUUCUACAGUGGCUUCACCGCCCAGCCCCUGUAUGAAGGCUGGUUUCUGGCACUCUUCAACCUGCUGUACACCACCCUCCCAGUUCUGUACAUUGGGCUCUUUGAGCAGGAUGUAAGCGAUGAGCAGAGCCUGGAGCUGCCCCAGCUGUACAUCGCUGGCCAAAAGGACGAGCUCUUCAACUACCAGGUCUUCCUCCAAGCCAUGGCCCAUGGCAUGGCCACAUCCCUCGUCAACUUCUUCAUGACCCUGUGGAUCAGCCAUGACACUGUUGGGCCCCUCAGCGACUACCAGUCUUUUGCCACGGUCAUGGCGUUGUCAGGCCUGCUGUCUGUCACCAUGGAGGUCAUCCUCAUCAUCAAAUACUGGACGGUUCUGUGCGUACUGGCCAUUGUCUUCAGCCUCUGCUUCUACAUGGUCAUAACUUGGACCAGCCAGAGCUUCUGGCUCUUCACAAUCUCCCCCAAGACCUUUCCUUUUUUAUAUGUUGACCGAAACGUGCUGUCCCAGCCCUGCAUCCUACUGGUGAUACUGCUGAAUGUGUCAUUAAACACCCUGCCUGUAUUGGCCUUUCGUGUCAUUUACCAAGCCCUCAAGCAGCUACGUCCCAAGGAGGAAGAGGAGGAGGUAGAAGAGGUGGAGGUCCCAAGUGAGGAGAUCAUCAUGGCACCACGAGCCCGGCGCUCCAGCUAUGCCUUCUCCCACCAGGAAGGCUACGCAAACCUCAUCACGCAGGGCACGAUUCUGCAGCGGUCACCAGGCGUCCACAGGCAUAUGUACGCAAUGCCAUCUGAUGAAAAAUUGCCUACGAGCAUCAAGUCACCCUGGUACCAGCGGCAGAUGUCGCUCCUGGGGGAGAAGAGGUGCUAGCACCAGGGGGAGGUGUCCUCAGGGGACAUGCAGCCCACCUCCACGAGCUCCUCCUUGACUGUGGAUGCAGGGGCAGCCCUCUCUUUUUUUCUCCCUUUGUGCCAUAAUGCUCUCGUGUCUCCCUCCUCCCAUGAGAGCAGGAGCAUACUAGUGAUAAAGAGGCGGGCUCAUGGUCUCACUAGGCUCACGGCAGCAGCAGGACAGAGCAUCGCCAGAAACACAGCAGCCACGGCCCCGUCUCCAAGAAUGGACCUUGGAUAUGCCUCUACAGUACUCAUGUCCAAAGAGAACAAAGCUGAUUGA